UGGCGGGGGGCGGUGCGUGCCCGGGGCCGGUAGCGCGGGGGUCGCCCCGGCGCAGCCCACGUGCCGGCGCCGCGCUGGAGGCCAUGGUGCUGGACCCGGGGGCGGCCGGGGGGCUGGGGGCCAGCGCCGCCCCGCGCCUGCCCCACCGCCAUGGCCCGCCGCUCUGCUCCUGCCCGUCCCCACCGGCACCGGGACCCGCGCCCCGUUGCCCGCGGGGAACCCGGCGCCUGUCGGAAACCGGCGCCGGGAUGCGGCGGGGCGAAAGCGCGGGGGGGCGCGGGGGGAUGCGCGCCGCCGCCUCCCUGCCCCACAUCGCGCGGGGGCGAGGGGGGGACGAGGGCGGCGGCGGGCGGCGGAGCCCCUGCCUGCUCGUGGCGCUGCGGCCCCGGAACGUGGAGGCGGAACGGGAGCGGUUCUUCCGCGCCAGCUUCGCCUACGACCCGCAGUUCGAGUACGCCGAGCCGGUGCCCGCCGCCGUGCUGGAUAAGUACGGAGCCGCCUCCGAUCGCUUCGUUGCUCAGGCGAUCCGGAUCAUUCGUACUGUCCUGGAGAAGUACGGGACCUACGAGAGCUUCGAAGUCGCCACGGGCGGGAGGCUGCUGAGCAAGUGCCAGAUCUGGUCUGUGAUCCGAAAGUACAUGCAGAAGGAAGGCUGCGUGGGAGAGGUGGUGGUGCAGCUCACCGACGACCUCCUGUCCCAGGCGGUGAUGAUGGUGGAGGACAGCCGGCCAACACUGGCCAUCAACCUGGCCGGAGCCCGGCAGCACUGGCUGGAGGGGAUGCUGCGCCACGAGAUAGGCACCCACUACAUCCGGGGGGUGAACAACACCCGCCAGCCCUGGCACAGCUCCGAGGGCCGCAAGCAGUACAGCCUGAAGCCCGCCAACCCCACCGAGGAAGGCUUGGCCAGCCUGCACAGCGUCCUCUUCCGCAAGCAGCCCUUCCUCUGGCGGGCAGCCCUGCUCUACUACACCAUCGAGCGCGCCAGCCGCCUCUCCUUCUCUGCCCUCUUCCAGGACCUGGAGCAGUACGUCCAGGAUGCCAGUGUGCGGUGGGAAUACUGUGUGCGGGCGAAGCGGGGCCAGACCGACACCUCACAGCCAGGCUGUUUCAGUAAGGACCAGGUCUACCUGGACGGGAUUCUCCGCAUCCUGCGCCAUCGACAGACCAUUGACUUCCCGCUGCUGGCUGCUCUUGGAAAGGUCUCCUACGAAGAUGUGAAUCGGCUGAAGAAAUUUGGGGUCCUGGAGAAGACACGCAUUCCCCAUUUCAUGCAGGACCUGGAGCGAUACAUGAAGCAGCUGGACCACAUCGUCACCACCAAUGGCCUGAACGAGGAGGAGCUGGAGCAGCUGCUGCCUGACUGAGGGGCAUCCCCGCACCCCAAAACCAGUGCCCUGAGGCUGUAACUGGUGCCAUUUCUUGGAUAUUUAUUGGGACUGGAGCCUGGAGGAGGGCAGAGCGUGGGCCUCCCGCCCCGUGCCCGCUGUGCAUGUACCAUGUGUAGGGUAGCGUGGCCAAGAGGGCCGGGCUGGUUAGUGUCGAUGUGUGUCCCCCGUACCGUCCCCUGUGCAUUUUGGGGACCGCUGUGCAGCUCCACGUGGCUUUGGGGAGCUGGAGAAGAGGGUUCAAAGGGAGCGAGGGCAGAGCUGGGGAGAUGCACUGGUCCCCCAGAGGUGCAGAAGGCUGGGCUGGGGGCUUGCGGUUUUGGGGGGAUGUCCUUAGGGUGCCAUGGGGUGCUCCUAGCAGAGUGGGGAAGGACUUUAAUUCCCCAAAUCCCAAUCUCUGCUUUCCCCCCCCGGCUCCUCAAUAUCUGCCCACAAUUAACCAUUGCUCUGCACCCUAACUAUGGCUGCUCUGCCCAGCUCUGACAUACAGGAGGAUGCAGCGUGGGGAGGGGGUUUGAUGUUAGGAAAAAGUGUGUAAUAAAAGUGAUGUAAUGGAAACAA